UUCACUGUGGAACCCAAUAAACACCACCAAAAUGGACGAUGAUUUGUUCCAGUUAAGACAACUCCCCGUGGUCAAGUUCCGUCGCACGGGUGAGAGCACACGCUCUGAGGAUGACUGCUUGGGGAGAGAGCAGGAAGUCCAGAUCGAUGGGAGGCAGGCUUACAUGGAGUCUGUGGCACUUCACGAUGGCGCACUAGUACCCCGGGAGUUUGCCAACCCAACUGAUGACACUUUCAUGGUGGAGGAUGCUGUGGAGGCCAUUGGUUUUGGGAAGUUCCAGUGGAAACUCUCCAUCCUCACUGGUCUGUCCUGGAUGGCUGAUGCUAUGGAGAUGAUGAUUCUAAGCAUCCUGGCACCACAGCUUCACUGUGAAUGGAGGCUUCCAAGCCUGUGGGUGGCGCUACUCACCUCGGCGGUGUUCAUUGGAAUGAUGAUCAGCUCUUCCAUUUGGGGGAACAUAUCCGAUAAGUAUGGCAGAAAAACAGGUCUGAAGAUGAGUGUGGCGUGGACCAUGUUUUACGGUGUACUGAGCGCCUUUGCCCCCGUCUACGGCUGGAUCCUCUUCCUCCGUGCCCUGGUGGGCUUCGGCAUCGGAGGAGCCCCACAGUCGGUGACACUGUAUGCAGAGUUUCUCCCCAUGAGGUCCAGAGCCACCUGCAUCUUGCUAAUCGAAAUAUUCUGGGCGCUGGGCACUGUGUUUGAGGUGCUGCUGGCCAUCCUGGUGAUGCCCACUCUGGGCUGGCGCUGGCUGCUCGGCCUCUCCACCAUUCCGCUCUUCAUCUUCGCUAUCCUCUCUUUUUGGCUGCCAGAGAGUGCACGCUAUGACGUGUUGACAGGGAACCAGGAGAAAGCUCUGACUACCCUGAAGCGCAUCGCCAAGGAGAACGGAGUCCCCAUGCCCCUGGGAAAACUAAUUGCUGCCAGACAGGAGGACCGUGGGAAGUUCCAGGAUCUUUUCUCACCGCAUUUUCGCUGGACCACAAUUCUCCUGUGGUUUAUUUGGUUCUCUAAUGCAUUCGCCUACUAUGGCCUGGUCCUGCUCACCACUGAGCUCUUCCAGGAGGGGGGCGCCUGUGGGGAGUCAAAAGGUAGUAAGAGGGAGCCCAGGUGUAGCCUGGAGUGUAAAUACCUGACCUCAGACGACUACAAGGAUCUGCUGUGGACCACCCUGUCUGAAUUCCCAGGCUUGCUGGUGACUCUGUGGGCCAUCGAUCGGCUGGGAAGGAGGAAGACAAUGGCACUGUGCUUCUUCGUCUUCUCUCUCUGCCUUGUGCCACUCUACGCUUGUGUAGGGAGGACCUGGCUGACAGUAUUGAUAUUCAUCGCCAGGGCCUUCAUCGCAGGAGGUUUCCAGGCUGCUUAUGUCUACACCCCUGAGGUAUAUCCAACAGCAACCAGAGCAUUAGGUCUGGGCACUAGUAGUGGAAUGGCUAGAGUGGGAGCCCUCAUCACACCCUUCGUUGCACAGUUGAUGUUGGAGUCUUCUGUGUACCUGACUCUGUCAGUGUACAGCAUCUGCUGCCUGCUGGCUGCCAUCGCUUCCUGUGCUCUGCCCAUUGAGACCACUGGCCGGGGCCUCCAGGAGUCCAGCCACCGCGAGUGGGGCCAGGAAAUGAUGGGCCGGGCCCCUGCCAACAGUUCUGGGGGCAUCCCACACUCCGACUCUGGGUCCCAGGAGGACGGAGCACAUGCAAGAGGGUGGUGAAGGAGGGACGCUGGAGUGGAAGAAAGAGGCAAUGAAGGAGAAGGAAGCUAGGCAAGCAGUCCUUGUCCAUUCUCAGCUCAAAUGUGUCAUUACUGGUUUGUAUAUAGGCACCACAGUGACUUGAGAGAGAGCCUGCCACCAAAAUGUUAUUCAAAAACAUUUCUCUCUCAUUUUAAUCUUCAACCACUACCACUGUCAUGAUUUUUGCCAAUGUAGGAUAACCACACUCUGAGUGAGACAGAGCUCAAUCGAUUAUCUUGGGUAUACACUGGGUGGUAGCAGGGAGAGAAACUGUUCAGGGUGGGUUUGUCAUUCUUAUAUCUCAGUAUUUGAAUUUCAUAUUGUGAGGGAGAAGAACAGCGAGAUUUAUAGUAACAGUGAGAGUGAUGGUGAAAGAGAGUGAUAGAGGACAUUGCUUUGUUGCAUUGUUUCUAUUAACCUGUUUCUUUUAAGAGAGCCUUAAAACAAUGGUUCUACUCAGGUCCUACCACUCAGUUUUGGAUAAGGGACACAUUGAGGGCUUUUGACAGAGAUGUGAUGUCAAGGGCCCCAAAAAAUCCAUUAUAUUUUGCAAAGCUAUAAUGAAAACAAUGACAUUUUUUAUUUAUUUUUAUUUAACCUUUAUUUAACCAUGAAGGGCUCAUUGAGAUUUAAAAUCUCUUUUUCAAGAGCGUCCUGACCAAGAUAGGCAGCACCAAGUCAUUACAAAAAUGACAUACAAACAACAUGAAAAACUACAAGUAAUCUAGUAAAAACCAUAGAAUUCACAAGAGUAUAACAAAAAUCAAAAACAGCAAAUUAAAAACAUUGACAGGUCAGGGAAUCAGUUUCAAGAUUAUUCAUCAGUGAUUUAAAAAUACCAAUCGGGACAAGUUCUUCCAGUUUAAAAGUAUUUUGUAAGGCGUUCCAAGACGAUGGCGCAGAGUACAUAAAAGCCCUUUUACCAAAUUCAGUUAGGACAUUUGGAACAGUUAGCAGGAUAAAGUCCAGCGAACGAAGAGAGUACCCACCACAUUUCUGAACAAUAAAAAUGUAAUGAAUUGCUAUCUAAUGAUACAAUAAUUACCCACUCAACAUAAUCAAAUCUGUACACCUGGGGUUGUUUGCAGCUUCGUAUCACCACGUUAACCAUCCGACAUGAUGCACUUCAUAGUAGUGUGAGGUCACAAAUCUCAGUUAUGCUUCAGUUUAGACACUUAAAUACCGAAUAAAAAUAUAAAUGCAACAUGUAAAGUGUUGGUUUCAUGAGCUGAAAUAAAAUAUCCCAGAAAUGUUCCAAACGCACAAAAAGCUAAUUUCUCUCAAAUGUUGUGCACAAAUUUGUUUACAUCCCUGUUUACAUCUGUCUUCUUCACCUGCGGGAUCGUCUGAGACCAGCCACUCGGACAGCUGAUGAAACUGUGGGUUUGCACAACCAAAGAAUUUAUGCACAAACUGUCAGAAACCGUCUCGAUGAAGCUCAUAUGCGUGCUCGUCGUCUUGACCUGACUGCAGUUUGGCAUCGUAACUGACUUCAGUGGGCAAAUGUUCACCUUCGAUGGCCACUGGCACGCUGGUGAAGUGUACUCUUUACGGAUGAAUCCCUGUUUCAACUGUACGGGACAAAUGGCACCGUGUGUGCGAGCGGUUUGCUGAUGUCAACAUUGUGAACAGAGUGCCCCAUGAUGGCGGUGGGGUUAUAGUAUGGCCACUCAUAUGCUACGGACAACCAACACAAUUGAAUUUUAUCAAUGGCAGUUUGAAUGCACAGAGAUAGCGUGACAAGAUCCUGAGGCCCAUUGUCGUGCCAUUCAUCCGACGCCAUAACCUCAUGUUUCAGCAUGAUAACGCAUGUCCCCAUGUCGCAAGGAUCUGUACACAAUUCCUGGAAGCUCAAAAUGUCAACGUUCUUCCAUGGCCUGCAUACUCACCAGACAUGUCACCCAUUGAACAUGUUUGGGACGCUCUGGAUCGACAUGUACGACAGUGUGUUCCAAUUCCCGCCAAUAUCCAGCAACUUCGCACAGCCAUUGAAGAGGUGUGGGACAACAUUUUACAGGCCACAAUCAACAGCCUGAUCAACUCUAUGCGAAGGAGAUGUGGCACACUGCAUGAGGCAAAUGGUGGCCACACCAGAUACUGACUGAUUUUCUGAUCCACGCCCCAACCUUUUUUUAAGGUAUCUGUGACCAACAAAUACUUAAAUGUAUCCCCAGUCAUGUGAAAUCCUUAGAUUAGGGCCUAAUGCAUUUAUUUCAAUUGACUGAUUUCCAUUUAUUAACUGUAACUCAGUAAAAUCUUUGACAUUUUUGCGUUUAUAUUUUUGUUCAGUGUAAAUGAGGCAAUCAAAAUAAUUACGUAAAGUCUCUCUGUGCAGCUGGCAUAAGCAUUCAUUAGCACUCAUAUUCUAGACCUGUCUUGAGAAGGUCGUAAUGUUAUUUUUCACGAUGACUAUAGUUUAUGUAAAUUAGGAAAAUUGCAUAUGAGUACUGAUGAAAGUUCAUGCCAGGUGUUAUAAUGCUCAUAUAUGCAUUUUGAGGGUUUUAUGUAUAUGCCAUGAAACUGAAGUGCAAGUGAAAUAUUUGAACUGUACUAUACUUGAUACUGUAACCUCUUAAUGUAGUCACCCAAAGUUGUCAGUCUCGUAGAGUAGUAAUUACACUACAUGGGUGAAAUCAUUCAAAGCAAACAAUCACAAUGGUUUUUCAGGGUACACCCCAUGACAGCUUUUGCUAACUGGGCAAAAGUAAUCUCUGUAUAUACUGUACCAAAACCUGGGUUGGUUGUUGUUGUUUUUGUUUGUUGGUGCGGGGAUGGUCUUUGUCCCCUUGUAAAAAAUAACAUGUGAAACAAGGUGUUGUUAAAAAUGUUAAAGAACCUUGGUCUCCUAAUCGCAAAUGCCUUUGCGAUUUAGUGCUGCAUUAAGUGUCUGUGCACAGAUUCUUAUCACUGGAUGUAAAUGUGUAUGAUACAAUAAUAAAUUAUGUUUCAAAGAAGGAGAAAGAAUGUUGAA